UCUGAACUUAAUGAACUCAUUCGACAAAUGAUUUUGCUUGAGCUGGAAUCGUAGUAACAACAUUAGUUGUGUAGAUUCUAGAGAUCUAGUAGUAAAUUUAUUAGCAACCUAUACAACUGUAGUAUUUUUUAACAUGUUUACUAUAUAUUCUAGAUCUAAUUAUUUAAGUUAACCUACUCCAACAUUCCACUAUGCUUGCUCGGUUAUGGGGAUGUGUCAAAAGGCACAGGCGCAAAUUCAUUUUCUUAGGUUCUGUUGUUGGAGGCAACUGGUUGUUGUAUAAAUACAUUUGGAAUAAAAUUAAAGAAAUUAGAGAUGAAGAGGAUAAACAGUAUCUUAUAUUUGUCAGGAGACAGCACCAUUUUGACAGUAAUCAGAGAACUUGCAACAUGACAGUGUUAGGACUAGUACCAAAUCUACGAGACACAUUAAUAAAGUCCCUUGAUACGGACAAGAUCAAAGAGCUUUUGAAAACUAAUCCAUCCAACAAACUUGAACUUUGGGAAGAAAUGAAAAUUAUGAGUGUAACCCGCACAUUAGCAGCAGUGUAUGGUACAGCAAUGCUGUCGGUCAUGCUACGAGUGCAGCUGAACAUUGUUGCUGGCUAUUUGUAUCUGGAUACUGUGCAGCUUUCAACUGGGCUUAAAACUGAAACAGGUACCAGUAGUACAUUGCCAACCAAAGUUCAGGAGCGCUAUUUGUCGCUAGUGAAGCAGUUUAUUGAUCAGGGUUUUAUAGAUUUUAUUCAUUAUCUGAGAUUAGCAGUUGCUAAAGAAGUUGGAUGCCUGCCUUUAAAAGAAUUGUUGACCAUAGAUAACCUGACAUCUAUAUUUGACAACAUCAGAGAGAGAGUGGAGUGUGGGGUGGACAAGCCAACCCUGUCUUUGUAUCCAUAUCUGCUGAACAGUGAACAAGUACCAGAUAUUUCUGCCACAUCUGUUAUGAAACCAGAAGAUGAGUUGUUAGAGCGAUUAAUCAAUGAAACCAGAGAUGUUUUAGAAAGUUCAGAUUUUCACACUGUGUUGAAAGAGAGUAUAGACAGGGGAUACCAGUGUGUGUUGGAUGGCAUAGCUGAACACUUCAAACAGCAUAUGCAGGAGCUAGGGCAGAAUGCUGGUAUUCAUGAUGUUUCUAUUGCCGUGGCUAGACUUUUACCUGUAAUAAACAGUCAGGUCUUCAGAUUAUGUGGUGAUGCUCCUAACCACUUCAUACAGGAAUUGCUACUGAUGGAGGAACUUAAGCAGCUUGCAGCUAAUGUGUAUGAAGCAUUUAGUCAAAAUCCAAGUGAAAAAAUAGCUAUAUAAAAAUGUUUAAACAUCAAAUGAGCUCAACAGGUUCAAGAAGUAACAAUUAUUUCGCUCUGGUUAUAUACUGAUGUUACAGAAGUUUCAAUAUUGAUGUGGCAUUAAAUAACUUGUAAAAAAAAUAUUUCAUUAUACAAUUUAAACAUAGUUGUGAAAAAUAAAAUCCUUUUCAUGUCCUCUUUGCUUUUGUCAGACUAAUGAUUGUUUUAUUUGGUUAUUUUUUUAUACAUUUGAUUUUAUUGGCUUUUUACUUCAUCAACUAGGCUUGUACUUAAUACACUGUUUUGCAGCAAGUCACAAGUGUUGAUUUAAAUAAUAGUGAGUAAAAAAGGUUUAGCCAUUCCAUAACUAUCACUGCCAUGUGUAAAAGCGUUAUGGUAUUUUCAUUUAAUUGUAGAAAAAUAAACAUUUAGGUGUAUUGUGUUUUAAACCUACAUGUUACUUUUUUGUAAUGAUUUUAACUGAAAUAAACAAAUUUUUAAAUUGAUGGACUGAGUUACCACAUACAUGCAUACAUUAUUAAACAGUAGUAUGCAUAUAAUAUUAAUAAAUUUGUAAUGUGCCAAAUUUUAUAAUUACAUUUAUUUUUCUGCUUGGGUUAAUUGUAAUUUUAAUACAUUUGCUGUUCAUGAUUCCCCUCAGACCAACACCAUUAAUUAUAGUUGAUGUGUAUUGACCAAAUGGCUAACACUAAUCUUCCAUAAACAU